UUCACUGACAAGUGGAACAGGAUGCUGACAGGUUCGCGGUGUUUUUUGGCUGACUUUUAAAUAUUCUUAAUGCAACGAACGUGUUUCUUCUUCGUGGUUUAUUCGCUUAUUGCGUCUUUAUUCUUGUCAGCUGACUCCUAGCUGCUAGCGAGGCAGUGAAACGCCAAAAUGCACUGUGUGAAGGUCGGCUGUUUGCUUGCGUCGAGAGCUCUCUGCUCGAGUAGGACUGAGUUUGUUAAACUAUCAGCUUUCGGUCGUGUCCAUUGUUCUUUUAAUCACACUCGCUUUUAUCAAACAGCAGGGACACCAGAGACAAUCGCAGUUAUUCGCGUUCCUCGCUACAUGCAGAAGAGGGUUGACAACGUGAAACAGACUCGAGGCAAAAACAAGAUCAGCACCAUCAAAGCGGGCAAGCUCCUGAUCCAGAGCAAGCGCCCCGACCUGAACCAGUCCGCGGGAUACAUACUUGGGAAGUUCGAGCAGCCCAUUCUGUGCUCCAAAGGGUGGAAACAUAAAGGGUCGUUCGGUGACUGUUUCACCAUCAAUAAGAUCAAGGCUGUCGCACCUUUUGUUGCUGAAAAUCAGAAGGAGGAUGUUGACCAGAAAACAUCGGCGACAUUCACUAAACUCCGCAUCUGCAAGGAGCUGGUAGAAACUUUGGACAAAAUCAGCAUUACUCACCCCACUACUGUCCAGCUGCAGACCAUCCCAAAGGUCAUGAAAGGUCACAACGUUCUGUGUGCAGCAGAGACGGGCAGUGGGAAGACAUUGAGUUACCUCCUGCCUGUGGUUCACAGACUGCAGGCUGAUAAGGAAUUGGAGAUGAACACCAAGGGUACGGACAAGAUUCGUACCGUGGUUCUUGUCCCUUCCAGAGAGCUGGCCGAGCAAGUGGCGGCCGUGUCCAGGACUCUGUGUGCUCCAUUUGGCUUGCUGACAAAGACUGUGGGUGGUGGGCGAGGUGUAGGACACAUCAAGUUGGUCUUCAAGAGGAAUCAGCCAGAUAUUUUAGUGGCUACACCAGGCGCUCUGGUCAAGGCCCUUCGGAGACACUGUUUGGACUUGAGUGAGCUGAACUUCUUCGUGGUAGAUGAAGCCGACACCAUGUUCGACCCCAGCUUUUCUGAUAUGCUGGAGGAUAUCCUUCUCUACACAAAAAUCGCUAGUAAUCCCAAGGAAACACAAGGCCUGGGGCAUAAAGCCCAGCUGCUGGUGGUGGGGGCCACCUUCCCGGGUGGUGUCGGGGAAGUGCUCGGCCAGGUGACGGACCUUGGCAGCAUGGUGGUUAUCAAGAGCAAGAUGCUGCACUUCCUCAUGCCACAUGUCAAGCAGACGUUCCUGAAGGUAAAGGGUGCUGACAAGAUCCUGGAGCUUAACCAAGCCCUGAAGCUACUCCAACAGGAGAAAGGAGGGGGUGCUGUUCUGGUGUUCUGCAACAAGUCUGCCACUGUCAACUGGCUGGGGUACUCGCUGGAGGAGAUGGGGGUGAAGCACGCACGUCUGCAAGGGGAGAUGCCUGCUGCCGUACGUGCUGGAAUCUUCCGCUCCUUCCAGAAGGGGAUGGAAGAUGUGCUGAUAUGCACAGACAUUGCUUCGCGUGGGCUGGACACAUCCCGAGUGCGCUUGGUCGUCAACUACGACUUCCCAGAAACCCACACAGACUAUAUCCACAGAGCCGGGAGAGUGGGAAGGGCAGGAGGGGUGGAGGAUGGGGAGGUGCUCAGCUUUGUCACUCAUCCAUGGAAUGUGGAGUUGGUGCAGAAGAUUGAGACUGCUGCUCGUAGGAGAACUUGUCUGCCAGGGAUGGAAUCUGAUAUACAUGAGCCUAAACCCAAAGUAGAGGAGGCGGCGGAGUAGAGAUGUUUUUUGUAUGUUUGCAAGUGGAAAAGUUGCCUGUGAGAUAUGUUGGUGUGUGUGUAGUGUUGGGAUGACAAACUCUGAAUCUAUAAAAUAUUGUCAGCAGAAACAGCAAGCAAGAUUUGCUCAAAAACAAUUUGGUAGGCUGUUUUUUGUCUGCUAUAGACUUACAAACAAUGUCAUAUAAUUUUUGCCCAGUUAUGGUUGAUCUUACUGGGGAUGGAAAUACUGUGCAAAUAUUUACCCUACAGUCAGUCAUUCACAAUAGGGAUCAUUUGGAAGGAGUAAGAAGGCCAUUCUUUGUCCAUUCAUGGAAAUAUGGAGAACGCCCAGUUUGUGCUUUCAUAUGAUGAAAUGUUGUUAUAGCUGGUAUUUCCUGAUGUAAAGGUUUGUUUGUCCAGGUUAAUCUACUCAACAAAUACUUCCAGAGACUUCAUGUACUUCUAUUAUUACAGUAUUGUCAAUAAACUCAUGCAGUAUUUGUGUUUAAAAAUGCUUCAACUUGAAAGUAAAAUCCAAUUGCAAUUUUUAUUUGUGUUUUACACAACAUACCAACUUCCUUAGAAUCAGGGUUGUAUUUAAUUGAGCAAUUUGGAAAUGUGUGAUUUUUGACAAAUAUACUAGCCUUUCCUUUUUUCAGCAAAAGCAUGAUUUUCUUUAGUGUAGUCUAUUUCCAGUGCUACGUUUGCCCUUUUGGGGUUUCUCUUGGAUGCAGAAAGU